AUGGCUUCAUCAUCGUCAUUGACUGCUGCCGUCCAACCCCCCUCCUCAAUCGAAGGACAAGCAAGUGUUUGUCGCCAAGAGGUUGAAAGUAAGAAACGUACAUCAUCGCCACAUGUAUCGCCUAAACAAACGUCCUUCGCACAACUAUUGGAGCCUUGGUUUGAAAUCACAUUGUCAUCAACGCAUUCUCGGCGCCCAUCGUAUUCAAACGAAGAGUUUCAACCAAUUCCUCGAUCCUUGAUGCCGUCUAACCCUAUUCUCGCCGCGGGUUUCAGUUUACAAUCUAUCACGGACACGACACCUGGCGUAUUACCACUGCCAGCAAUGAACUCACAGCUGCUAUCCGUCGAAGCAUGGGAUUUGAAUUCACUUGUUAAUUUCAAUGCAAGUGACAUGUACCAUGGAUUGCAUUCAAACAACUCACCUCUAUAUAAUCCGUAUGCAAACGCAAUACACCAUGGAUUAUUCUACGAUUCGCCUGUUUAUGCUCCUAAUGCAA